AUGAAAUAAAAUAAUCAUACUUAGCUUCCUCAUACAAGUAUUGAUAGACUUAAAAAAGAUAUAAGUAAAACAUUUUCUAAUUAAACUAUUAAAUCUGAAUAGAGUAUCAAAUUGGAUUAGUAUAAGAAAAGAAUAAUGAAUGUUUUAUCCUAAAUGGAUGACAAGACUUAAUAGGUUUAAAUAUCACAAACAUAAUCAGAAAUAUCAACUAAGUUACUUUUGUCAACUAAAAAUGCCAUAAUAGAUAAUAUUAAAGUGCUUUAACCAUCAGAUAAGAAUUUAUAAGCUAUAGAGAAAAACCUUGAUAAAUUAUUUACAUUGCAAGAAGAAUUAUAGGAGCUACCUUAAAAUAAAGAAAUAAAAUAAUUAUAAUGGAAAAUAGAAAUGAAGAUAACUUAAUAAACAAAUUUAACAAAGUCAAUGAAGGAUGAUAAGAAAUGUUAAAUAUGUUUUGAAAAGGAUAGAGAAUAUGUUGCUAUACCAUGUGGGCAUUAUAUUUAUUGUGAAGAUUGUAAAGGUUUAAUUAAGAAUGAUUGUUUGCUUUGUAGAAAUCCCAUAACUUCUGUAUUGAAAAUAUACUAAUGA